UCUCGCCUCCCGUUCUCCCCCCCGCCACCGUAGCCUUUUUCACUCCUUCCCUUUCACGCUUGCGCGCGCCCCCGAUCACCAUGGUGGGCGGAAUGGGCGUUCGAAAGAACAUCCAUAUCGAGGAGUGGGCCGCCUUCCGCGAGAACUGCGAGCACGUCUUCAAGUUCUCGCGCGGCAACUGGGCGAGGCUCGCCGUCUUCGGCUUCGCCGUCCCCGCCCUGGCUUACUACGGCAUCACCCGGGAAUUGCGACUAGAGGGACAUCCCGUCGGCAACAACCCCCGGCGCCAAGGCGCGCAAUUCCGCUACUUCGCCAGCGACGUCCCCAAGUGACCGCUGCCGAAACGCCGUCGUUAGAGCCAUGUCACUUUUUUGUAAA